GUGGCAGACCACUGGAAGAAAUGCAAAAUUAUGCCUUUGAAAGGGCUAUGGAAUUUUUUGAACAAAAUGACGAGGAACAGCUCACCAUUAAAGAUUUAGUUGAAAAAAUGGCUGACUUCCUUCAGGAAUCUAAAACUUCUUCAUACAGUGCUGUAUACAUGAAGAAGAGGAUCAAAGAACGUUUCGGAGAAGAUGCUAUUUUCACAGAGCUGGAUGGAAGAACUGAUGUUGUAACCAUGCGACCCUUUGCUGCAAAAAUUCUGCAAAAGUUCUAUAAUGAGCCAAAGAAGGAGGACGUUAAGGAAGAAGAGAUGAGAGUUGUUAAAACAGCGGCAACAUGCCUAAAGAAUGCCAUUAAGUCAUGUCCCACCUCAAAGGAAUAUUAUGCAAGCAACAGUGAUAUAUCAUCUAUGGAAAAUGCAAUGUCCUACCUACCAGAGUCACUGAUCUUGUUACUUGACACAAUUCUUGUUGGAAAAGAUAAAAAAAGUAAGAUUGCCUCAAUUGGUCAAGCAAUCAUGCAGGCGGCGAGACCUAGAACAUUGAUUGCACCUUUACAACUUGGUCUUGGGGUUCAAAUGCACCACCACUUUGGAUCGAGAUUUCUGGUAGACUCACUUCAUAGGCAUGGAUUUUGUUGCUCCUAUUCAGAAGUGCAAGCUUACGAAAGGAGUGCAGCUAUCAAAGAUGGAGUUGAGCUGAGUAUCCCUGAGAGACAAACGCUAGUUCAAUAUGUUGCAGACAACGUCGAUCACAACAUUAGAACUAUUGACGGAAGAAAUACUUUUCAUGGAAUGGGAAUAAUUGCCACUAUCACCCCAAGGAGUGCUGCCCGUACUUCAACAUUUAUCCCAAGGCGAUGCAACAUAUCAUCUGAUGAAAUAGCAGCCAUCGGUGCAAUUAACAUCAAGCAGUACAAUAUAGCCAAUAACCAACUCAACAUCAGGUACGAUCAGUUGCUCUCAAAUGAAAUUGUUGAUCCAACAUCAAAAUUGGAUCUCUUAUGGCAAGUUUCUUGGUUGCUGAACCCAAGAAGGCCAUCAUGGUCUGGAACAAUGCAAUGGUGCCACCAGGGGGAGUAUCCAGGCAAGUCAUCUGUUAUCUUUUUGCCAAUGAUCGAUUUGGAUCCCAGCAAUGUCACUUGUAUUCACUCUACCUUAGACUUUGUUUCUCGCCAUGCCAAAAAAUAUGAUGUGACAUCGAUUCUCACUUUUGAUCAGCCGCUAUGGUGGAAAGCCAUUUGUAUCAUCAAAGGGGAGCCAAUUGAUAGCCCUUUGCAUCAAAUAAUUUUGCGACUUGGAGCUUUUCAUACAGAAAUGAGUUUCCUCGGAAGUAUUGGAUAUCUCAUGAGAGGGUCAGGAUUGCAAGAAUCUCUCGAGCUUAUAUAUGCUGAUAAUGUUGUCCCACAUAUUCUCACUGGUAAAGCUAUCUCCCGAGCAGUACGUGGCCAUCAGUUAGUCGAAACAGCUCUAAAUGCUAUUUUGUUAUCGAAAGCCUGUGAUGUACCAUUGCCUACAGAUGCUGACAGAGAGCAGGAUGCUGCCGAUACAAAAGGAGAGGGUCCAGAGGCUCAACAGCGUGACAGAGGUGCAGAGGCAGCUGCUGAGUUAGAAACCCCAGAAGUAUCCAGUGAUUUGAGGAAUUUGAAAGAUAUGUUUGAGUCACUGAUGCAAGGAAGGGUUUCUAUGGGAUAUGUUUGUCAAUCACAUGAUCUUGAGGAUGUAAGGCAGAAAAUACUCGAUGCCAAAUCGUCUUCAAGCAAUUCCAGGACAGGAAAGCUUUGGUUGCAGUACCUUGAAAUGAUAGAGAUUCUUCGCACAUUUAUCAAAGCUGAGAGGACCGGAGAUUGGAACCUGCACUUGCAAACUGUUCAAGCUAUGUUGCCUUACUUUGCCGCCUCGGGACACAACCUCUACACCAAGAGUGCACGAAUAUAUUUGCAAGAAAUGAGCAAGCUAAAGGAUGAUCAUCCACGUGUCCAUGAUGCCUUUGAGAAGGGAUUCCAUGUUAUCAGACGCUCUGAUCGUUAUUGGGCUGGAUUAUCCUCAGACCUCAUCGUAGAACAAGUUUUGAUGCGAAGCCUUAAAACCUCUGGUGGCUUGACAAGAGGAAGGGGAAUGUCUGAAACACAGAGGCUGAUCUGGUUGUUAUCCAUGCCAGCAACUGCUGAGAUCAAUGAAGCUAUGCAAGAGUUUACUGAAGUUACUUUCAGCAGCAGUGAGCAACAUAAAGAUACGUCAGAAGCGAGAAUUAGCAGUGAUUUGAAAGACACAAAUUCACUUCUUUCAUUCUUUCAGGUAAGAGAUCCAUUUAGUGACGACUGCAGUCUUCGCAACAUUGCGACAGGGGUAACAGCAAUAGAUACAGUCAAUGCUGACGUUGCAAAAGAAGUUGGAAACAAGAUUCUUGAAAAAAUGACAGGUCAAUAUUGCAAAGAUUUUGUGCUCAAAAGAGCAAACCAGGCCAUUACGCUUGAUGCAAAAAAGCACCCAAAGGAAACAGAUGGAGACAUUCAUGUAGGACCCCAGCUGUUAUUUCAAAAACUUAUUGCGUUAAAAGUCAUACCACUGAAGAUACAUCAAAACUUUUCAGCUACGAGCUCUGUUCUGUUCCAGCAUCUUUAUUUGAAACAAAUGGCUCCUUGAGAAAAGCUAACAAGCCCGUCCUGGCGAGUACCAUAAGAAAAAUGGUUGACACAGAGAUUAAAAUACCAUCGCAGCCAGUAAGGUAUGUUUUAGAUGGGGGCUCUUUGCUGCAACAGAUAUCUUGGAAGCGUGGAGCAUCAUAUGCCUCCAUUAUCGAUAGUUAUGUGGCAUAUGUGAAAAGGAAGUACACAAAAGCUUUCAUAGUUUUUGAUGGGUAUUCCGCUGGUCAU